CCGUCGCGCGUGUGCACGUUAGGGCAUUUCUUGUUACUUGGUUUCUUUUCUUUCCCUUUAGUCUUUAGUCUUCGCUGUUCCCCUUUUGACUUUCGCAACACAUGUUUCAUUUUCAGUCCAUUACCAUAGCUUAAUAUACCUUUAUUGGUGGUACGCUAAAACGUCAAUUGCAGCUCGUAAGUCGUACCAUUCACCCCCUUUGGAAGAAGCAAUAACGAUUGCAUGCGACUGUACAAUUACACAUAAAAACGUAUUUGGAAUUUACGCGCGCGCGCACAUUCUGGAGAUUUUUCGUUAAUUCUUAUGCGACAACGUUUUUGUGCACAAGGAAAACGGCUUAGACGACAAAGGUGCGUUUUAAAGGUGCGUUGUUCGAGGGUUGAUACGAGUGCGAGGGAUAUCGCAUUGAAAUUGAAGUAUUACAUUCUGGUUAUCCAGGAAAUAAAUCCGUAUUUUUUAAUUGAUGGAAGGAUGUGUGAAUAAAGGAAGAAUUUAACAGAAAAUAUCAACGUUUGGCUGUGCUUUUUCAUAUAUUUUACGAUAUACGUAGUUAGAAAACUAUUGGAAAUAGAAUAAAAUAUUUUAAAAAAGUGUCAAUACAUUAAAAAGCUUAACAUAAAUUUGAAAUGAUGGCGAACGGCAUGGAUACGGUUGUCCAACAAAAUGGCGGCUCAAACCUGGGCCAAAGCUCACAGGAAGAAUCCAAAACUAAUUUGAUUGUGAACUAUUUACCCCAGACGAUGACGCAAGAGGAGAUCAGGUCCCUCUUUUCGAGCAUUGGCGAGGUGGAGAGCUGCAAACUUAUACGCGAUAAGGUCACUGGUCUGAACAGUCAGAGCUUGGGCUAUGGUUUCGUAAACUAUCAUCGACCAGAAGAUGCCGAGAAGGCUAUCAACACGCUUAAUGGUCUUCGUUUACAGAAUAAAACGAUUAAGGUGUCGUAUGCGAGACCUAGUAGCGAAGCUAUAAAGGGCGCUAACCUCUACGUUAGCGGUUUACCCAAAAAUAUGACACAGCAAGAUCUGGAAAGUCUAUUCAACCCUUAUGGCAGGAUUAUUACCUCACGAAUACUAUGUGAUAAUAUUACAGUACGACAAUUUACGACUGGCGGUGGAGACAAUUUGCCGGGUUUAUCGAAAGGGGUCGGCUUCAUCAGAUUCGAUCAGCGAGUAGAAGCUGAACGUGCCAUUCAAGAGUUGAAUGGGACAAUUCCAAAGGGUUCAACGGAGCCCAUUACCGUCAAAUUCGCAAAUAAUCCGAGCAACAACAGCAAGGCAAUACCGCCCUUAGCAGCAUACCUCACGCCUCAAGCGACACGCCGAUUUGGCGGCCCGAUCCACCACCCAACCGGCCGCUUCAGGUACAUUCCACUGUCGCCACUAUCCAGCAUUGGCAAGGCUAUGCUUGCCAUUAACAAAGGGUUACAGAGGUACAGUCCUCUGGCGGGAGAUCUGCUAACGAAUUCGAUGCUGCCUGGCAAUGCGAUGAACGGCUCGGGAUGGUGCAUUUUCGUGUACAAUCUUGCACCUGAAACCGAAGAGAAUGUCCUUUGGCAACUGUUUGGGCCUUUCGGCGCUGUCCAGUCAGUCAAGGUGAUACGUGAUCUCCAGACUAACAAGUGCAAGGGUUUUGGUUUUGUUACUAUGACCAACUACGAAGAAGCAGUGGUCGCCAUACAAAGUCUCAACGGCUACACUCUUGGUAACCGUGUUCUCCAAGUUAGUUUCAAGACAAAUAAGAGCAAGGCUGCGUAGGACGAGCAAGGGCCGCUC